AUGAUCAUAUUUUAUCUAUUCUACCUAGUAUGCAAUUAGGAGACAGAGAAUCAACAAGUGUAUUUGUCUUUAGGAGAAUCAGUGGAAGGGUAUGAUGAAUCCAUAAUGUAGUUUUGUUUCCCCACUGAAAUCAAGUCAUCAUGUCUAUAAUUUUGUGGUUCCUGAAAUAAAAAAUCAAACAAAUUUAGUGGUUUUGCUUAAGACUUCAGACCCUGAAUCAGAUCCAAACUUAUACAUAUCGAAAACUGUUCAAGAACCAUUGUCAGUCUAAGAUGCUGAUGUCCAAGCGUGUGAAGCUAAAGGAAUGGGUAAAAAUGAUGAAUAAUUAAGAUAUCUGCAUAAUAAACAAUGAAAAGAUUAAGGAAAAUGAUCUUUUAUACAUUUCAGUGGUUUCUCGGGUCCCGAGCAGUUACACUUUGCGAAUUGAAUUAGAUUAGGAAUAAACAUUAACGAUUGAAAAAUUUCUAUCUUUUAAAUUGACUUCAGAAAAAUAAUCAUAUAUCAUAGAUUUUUUCAUAUUUGAAAUGGUUAAAGAUGCAACAGAAAUAGAAAUACAUGUUCAAAGGUUGAAUUCAGAAUCAUCAAAAGAACCCUUCUAAGUUUUCAUGAAUAAUUAUGAGAACGGAGUUCCAAAUAAUGAUAAAUUUGAUUAUAAAGCUAUUGAUACAUGGGAAAACAAAAAAGUCAUUGAAUUCACUUAACAUAAGCCUGUUGAGAAGUAUAAAAUCCUUAUUCAAGGGGAGUUGGAAAGUGUACUUAGAGUGAGUGCAACUCGAAGUAAAGUCCUUAAAAACAUACAUCUCUAUGAAAGCAUCACCCAAGUUGUCAAAGAAGGAGAGUAUGAUUUCUAUGUUUCGGAGUUUACUAUUCCUGAUGAUGGCAAUAUUGUACAUUAUUGGAUUCAUAGUUUUCUUAGGUAAUCCGAUUGAUUCCUUUUAAGGGUAAUGCGAAAUUGUAUGUUCAUUACAACUUCCAACCACCUUUGCUCGAUAACUAUUAAUGGUAAGAUAGCACGGAAACACUCAAGUGUAUAUCUAUUUCCAAAAAUGAAUUGUUGGAAAAAAAUAUAACAAUGAAUACCAUAUAUAUUGCUGUUUUAGGUGAGGACCUAUGCACUUAUAAAUUAUUAUAUACCUAUGAAAAAGAGGGAAUUUUAUAUCCAGAGAUUAGAUAUCAAAGAUAUAUAAAAUUAGGUGAAGUUAUGAAGUUUGAGCUAUUUGAUAUUGUAAAUGAAUGGCAUCGGAUUCAACUAAUAUUUAGAGUGCUAUAACACGAUAUAAGCGUCAUAGUCACUAAUUGUACUGAUCAAUCUGUAUGUCCUUAAGAUGAACUAGUAAAUAAUCCAGAGAAAUUUUAAAACAUGAAAGAAUAUGACAUGAGUUAUUAUUCGUUCUUUCCAUUUCUUGUGAUUGAAUUAACUUGUAAUUAGAUUUGUAAUUAUUAUGUUUUGGUCACAGUUCCUCCUAACUAGUGGCACUAAAGUGGUAAGUUUGAGAUCGAAUACUCUAUUAUAGGAGGUUAUAGAAAAUUAAUCUAAAACACACCCCAUAAAUCAACAAUUUAAGAAGGCUAAUUGUAAUUUUACGACUUUUUUGUAUCAGAAGAUGAUCAAAUUUAAAGAUUAAGCUUUCUAGUCUCACCAAUACAAGGAGAAGUGAUCAUUAAGUUAUAUUUUUACUCUAGUCAAUCUGAUAAGAAUAAUGCUCAUUAUGCAUCCGAAAAUAAUUCGAUUAAUUUUGGUGGUAAAUUCUCAAAUCAACCUUUGCCUGGAUAUUACUUUAUUACGAUUUUGGGCAAAUCUUCUGCAAAAUAUAUCAUAACUGCAUGGGUUGUCAAAAAUUCUGAAGACUCUCAAUAACUUGGUCAAUUUCCUUGGCAUUAUAUUCAAUUGUAUUAAGGAGAUUGGCAUGAUCAUAUACUAUCUAAUGAUGAAUUUGUUCUUUUUAAAAUUGAUUUGUAAGGAUUUGAACAAUCUACUAAUGAUCCAUUCAACGUCAUAUUGAAAAAGCAUUAUGGAUAGUUUUUGAUAUAUGGUUUCGACCAUCCUGAGACAAUUGAAUCUAAAGCAAUAUGGUAAAGUGGAUAAAUAAUCAAUAUUUUAAGCAAUGAUCCUAAUUACCCAAAAAUACUAUAUUUAAAAAUCAAGCUAAAUAAAGUAGGAGGCUUAUAUGGUAGUUUUAGAAUUGCCUAUAACUUUUAUAAUUAAGAAGUUAAUUUAUUAAUAGGUGAACCUUUUUUUAAUUUCUUGCCUGCUAAUAACUAAUAGGCUUUUCGAUUUGAAUUUAGUGACGAAGAACCUUUAAUGAUUUCUAAAAGAUCCUUUGAUAAUGAUUAGGCUUCUUUAGAAUUUAGGUUCUAAAAUGGAUUAGCAGUCGAUAUAAAAGAAUUUGAAAAUGCUAACAUUCUAUAAAUUGAAAAGAAAACAAAUAGUAAUUGUGAAGUGGAGAAACAUCUAUGUUCUUAAUACCUACUUUUCUCUCUCAAUAGUAAACUAGAUUAGUUCUACUCUAUAUUAAUCUCCAAAGUUGACAAAUCUUAAAUUUAACUUGCUGAGGAUUAGUCAAUUUCGAAAUCGUUGCCAUUAGGAGAGGAUUACUUUUAUCUCUUCUGUUCAAUUCAGGAGGUUAAUAUAUUAGCAUUUAGUUAUUUUGGUGAGUUGAAGUUUUAUGCUUCCAUUGAUAAAGAUUUGAGAUCGUCUUACCCUAAUUCAAAAUCAUAUGACAAAAUGUCAAGGAAGGGAAAGGCAGGCUAUUAAACUUCACUCUACCUUUCUGAAUCUGAAAUUAAGAAGUAUAAUUGUGUUGAUCGGUGCAUCAUAUAAUUAACAGUCUCUUUAGAUAAGAUAAAUCCUGAUAUCAAUUAUUCCAAUUAUGAUUAUACCAUUCAAUAUAAUUCCCAUCUGAUUUUACUAAGAGAAUCAGAAAUAUAAGAGGGAUACCUUACAUAAAAAGGAUUAAAAUUCUAUAAGAUACGUGUUCCAAACAACAACUAAAAUCUAAUGAUCUUGCUUAAACCAGAACCAAAUAAUGAAGCCGACCUUAUAGUUUCUAAAUCUAAAUUUCCUAAUAAAGAACAAUAUGAUUGGGGAUCCUUUGAGCUAUUCAGUGAUGUCUUAAUCCUUGAACCUGGGAAUAAAAUUCAUCCUGAUUUGUCUGGAGAUUAUUAGUAGAAGCUUAUUUAUAAUAUAUUAGUGUUGGAGUCCUUUGCUAAACUAUUUGCGAAUUUUCUCUGUAGUAUCAUCUAGGAAAAGUGGAGGCGUAUGAGAUAUUACCUAACCAGCCAUAUAAAUUGUAUCUAUUAAAUAUAAUUCAAUAGUUACGUUGGAGCAGAAUACACAGUAUAUCUUAGAACACACAGCUAUUUCUCAUUAUUGCCGAUGAUGAUCUUUUUGUAAUCACACACUUAAACAGCAUUCUUUUAUGUAGAUGAAGUAGAUUAAUAAACUUUAAAUCUAGGUUAUGUCAAAGAUGUUACCUAGUUUAAAUAUAACAAUAACUAAAAGGGGUAUUCAAAAAGUUUAGUAACUGAACCUUUAUAAUCUAAUACUAUUUUGUUGAUUGCCCUUAAAACUUACACAUCAGAAAUUGUAACAGUCUAGGUCAGUAAUGAACAGGAGGAAAUGUUCUUGGAUUCUAAAAUCUUACUCUAAUAUUAUCUAGAGAAAAAUAAAAAAAUUACAUUUACUAUAAGUCCAAAUACUCAGUCAAUAAUACUAUAGAUUUAUGUGUUCAGUGGUUAAAUUGCUUGUUCUUACUCAAUAGGGAAAUCGAAUCAAAUAAAUAAUUUUCAAACUUUAAUUCUCUUAGAGGUUCGAUCAGAUAAUUAAGAAAAUAAGUUUGUGAUUAGUAACUAUGGCACUUCCUAAGUGAUAAUAUACUUUGAGUCAAUAUUCAACUCUCACUUUAGCAUUUAAUAUUUUAAUGAAGAAGAGGAUGCCACUUAUAUCGAGUAAAUUUAUUUACAUAUUCUAGUUCAAUUUACUCUGUAUUUGCUAACCUACAAGGUCAGAGUGAAAAGCUGUUUUAUUAUACUAAUUAUGAUUACUAUUAAAAUUCAACUCAAAAGAAAACAUUUUCAUUCACCGUUUAAAUUGAGGAAGAAUUGAAUUCUGUACUCUCCAAUUAAAAACAUAGAUCCUUACCAAUUAUUAAUGUCUAUAGUAAUAAUACACAGGCCUAAUUACAACCUGUAUAACACAGAACAGUGUCUAAUUUAGUAUAUCAAGAAUACAUUCAUAGUGAGAAAUAAUAUAAAAUUGUACUUCAUAAUUUAGCCUAAUUCCCUCAGUUUUAUUAAAUUUAAGUAGGGAACUCAGAACUUAGACCUUUGAUAUCAAGAAUUAAACAAUUUGGAAUUAAUCAAUUGCACUAAAGUUCAUAUUGGGCAUUAUAACAAAAUGAUGCAUAUUUAUUCUAUGAGAUGUAAUUUUGUAAUGGAAUCUUCUCAGUCCUAGUUGGAAAGGACUUGGAUUGGUUAAAGAAUGGGCAAUAUGAUUACAAGAUAAACAUCAAAUAAAAUAAAUAAUUAUUUGGUUUCUUUGAUAAAAUUGAUCAGGCCAAUGUUAUCUAUUUAAAGUUUGAUUUUAUUAAAUCAUUUGAUAACAAAAUCUUAAAUGCCCAAUAUACAAUUAGGACCUAUUAGGUGGAAGAUAAAAGUGAUAUCCCUUAUGAUCAAUUCUAUCCAGGCCUUUCAGGUAUCUUAGCUUCCAAGAUUACCGAGGAUCCUGAAGAGAACAUUACUCUUCAUGUUGAAUUCGCUCCUUUGCAAUUAGUACAAUAAAACGAAUAAGACACUUUUUGGGUUGAAUAGAUAGAAUAUUUUAUUAUUUUGAACGAAAGAUAAGGAGAUGAUAAUAAGGAUUUUGAUUAUUGUUCUGAACCAUCCAAUGAAUAUAGAAUUUAUCAAAACCAAACUGAUAAGGAUAUGUAAUUAAAUAUUAAUGUGACACUUCCUAAUUUUAGUAAGUAACAAUAGAGAAACUUUGUUUUUACUAUUUUAGCUACUGGUAAUUAUUAUAAUGCUUAUUUUAGUGAGCAUUUAAUUGUAUAGAGGUGAUUAAAGGGUUUAAUUAGACUAUUAUUAUGAAACAUCACAAUUCUAAUGGAACUCUUAAAAUUAAGUGAUUCUCAAUUAGAGCACAGAAUAUAAAUAAUGGAUGGGAUUUGUUAUUCUUACGAUCAUCAUUUUGAUUAUUGGAAUUGUUGCCUUUGUCAUAAUGAAGAGAAAAUAAAUGAUGUAUUAAAGACAAUUAUAAAUAAGAUCAAAAUAUGAGAAUACCUAGACCAAUGAUGAAAUGUUUGCAGGAAUAGAACUGAACUUUCGUGGAUUUUCAAAAAAGAGUAUCAUUUGA